AGCGCGGCGGAGCGAGCCCGCGCCGGAGUCCGCACUAUGGUGCUGUCGGUGCCAGUGAUCGCGCUGGGCGCCACGCUGGGCACAGCCACCAGCAUCCUUGCGCUUUGCGGGGUCACCUGCCUGUGCCGGCAUAUGCACCCCAAGAAGGGGCUGCUGCCGCGCGACCGGGAACCCGACCCGGAGAAGGCAAAGCCCAGCGUCCUCCGACCUGCCCAACAGUUCAACAUUAAAAAAUCCACGGAACCUGUCCAGCCCCGAGCCCUCCUCAAGUUCCCAGACAUCUAUGGACCCAAGCCAGCUGUGACGGCCCCGGAGGUCAUCAACUAUGCAGACUACACCCUGAGGACCACAGAGGAGCCUCUGGCACCAGCCAGCCCCCAGGCCCCAAAUGACAGUCGCCUCAAGAGGCAGGUCACAGAGGAGCUGUUCAUUCUUCCUCAGAAUGGUGUGGUAGAGGAUGUCUGCGUCAUGGAAACCUGGAACCCAGAGAAGGCUGCCAGUUGGAACCAGGCCCCCAAACUCCACUACUGCCUGGGCUACGAUCAGCAGAAGGCUGAAUUGUUUGUAACUCGCCUGGAAGCUGUGACCAGUGACCACGACGGAGGCUGUGACUGUUAUGUCCAAGGCAGCGUGGCCAACAGGAUGGGCUCUGUGGAGGCUCAAACAGCCCUGAAGAAGCGGCAGCUGCACACGACCUGGGAGGAAGGCCUGGUGCUCCCCCUGGCGGAGGAGGAGCUCCCCACAGCUACCCUGACACUGACACUGCGCACCUGUGACCGCUUCUCCCGCCAUAGCGUGGCCGGCGAGCUCUGCCUGGGCCUGGAUGGGGUGUCAGUACCUCUGGGGGCUGCCCAGUGGGGUGAGCUGAAGACUUCAGCUAAGGAAGCGUCUGCAGGAACUGGAGAGGUCCUCCUAUCCAUCAGCUACCUCCCGGCUGCCAACCGCCUCCUAGUGGUGCUGAUCAAGGCCAAGAACCUCCACUCGAAUCCAUCUAAGGACCUGCUGGGGAAGGAUGUCUCUGUCAAGGUGACCUUGAAGCACCAGGCUCAGAAGCUGAAGAAGAAGCAGACUAAACGGGCCAAGCACAAGAUCAACCCCGUAUGGAAUGAGAUGAUCAUGUUCGAGCUGCCUGAUGACCUGCUGCGGGCUUCCAGCGUGGAGCUGGAGGUGCUGGGCCAGGACGAGGAGGGCCAGAGCCACGCGCUUGGCCACUGCAGCCUGGGCCUGCACGCCACGGGCUCUGGGCACAGCCACUGGGAGGAGAUGCUGAAGAACCCACGCCGGCAGAUCGCCAUGUGGCACCAGCUGCACCUGUAGACGGCAACCCGGCCAGGAGCCUCCCUUCU